AGUUCGAAACUCGAAAGCAGCAAUUUUCGAUGGCGUUAUCUCAUAGUUUAAGCUUACCAACAAGAACAACAACUACUUACGUUACUCCCAAAACCCAAUUCCAUUUCCUCUUCAAAUCUAAAUUUCUUGUUCCAAAAAAACCCAGAACACUUUCCUUCUCACUCCGCGCCAUGGGUGCUUCUUCUAGUUCUUCUUCCCAGAAACCGGACAACCUUCAAGAGGCUGGGAGGAGGGUUGAUUAUGCUUCUUUGAGUGAUGGCGAAUGGAAAAAGCGGCUUACAGAGGAGCAGUUUUACAUAACGCGGCAGAAGGGGACUGAGAGGGCUUUUACUGGUGAAUAUUGGAACACCAAAACCCCUGGAACUUACCAUUGCAUAUGUUGUGAUACGCCUUUAUUUGAAUCAUCAACCAAAUUUGACAGUGGUACUGGUUGGCCAUCUUAUUACCAGCCAUUAGGAACUAAUGUGAAGUCAAAGUUAGACCUAUCAAUUAUUUUCAUGCCUCGCCAGGAAGUUCUCUGUGCUGUCUGUGAUGCUCAUCUCGGCCAUAUCUUCGAUGAUGGUCCACCUCCCACUGGAAAGCGCUAUUGUAUCAACAGUGCUGCCCUAAAACUGAAACCGAAGUAGGAAACACUAUCAAGCAUGAAUACCAGAAAGAUUUCGUCUUGUGUCCUAGUCAACCGAGGUAUUUUGUAGAUGAACAUGCAUGUUCUGUGUAUAGUUACUGCUCGUUUGUUUAUUUUUCUUGAUAAUUCUCAAAAGAGAAUGUGUGUGCUGGUUCAAGUUUCAUGUAACUGGUCUAAGUGAUCACAUCACUAUGAAUCCAGUUAAUAUGCAGCCGUAUACGAAAGAAAACUGAUAUUUUAAUUACGUAGUGUUUAUGCAAUAAAUGAAUAUAUACUCCGUUCAAGUUGUGUAUACAGAAAA